AUGUUGAGAAUUGCGGUAUGUACUAGCUACAGAUCAAGUGGAGAGCGAAGUGACGCAUAUGUGAGGAAUACAAGGAGUGGGAAUGAGUACCUCUGUGGAGCAUGCGUUGGAAUUGUUUUGAAGGUUGAUUUUGGUGAACAGCAUCGAUGUGCCAGGACGGUCUCUGUUACAACAGGAGACUCAACCGACGCCAGAGUCCAUAAUUACUCGUGUGGCCAGAUAGAUGUCAUGGACUUCAAUAGAGGCUGAAAAGUCACUCAAAAAAGGGGACGGCACGUUCAAGAUUUCAGAUAUAACAGUGACCAAUCCUUCUCCUUCUCCUUCUCCUUUCUCCAUUUCCUCACCCCCUUCUUUCAAUAGACUCAAUUAUACUAACAAAUUCACCCUCUUCAAUUUUUCUUAACAGAGCCUUUCAUCCAAGAGAUUCUUUUCAAUCACACCAAGAAGAUCCAAUUUAAUUGGGGACUUGUACGUCAACAACAUUAGACAGUUCAAAGCCAAGCCCCUUACACAGGAAGAAAUAGAUGCCGCAGUGAAGAAAUUCCAAUUGCCAGGUAAGCCAACCAUUCCACAAGUGCACGAUCUUUCUACUGAACAAGUCAAGGAGUACGAAGCUAGCGAGGUUGAAACUCAAACUGAAAAACCAACCGAAGUUGCUGCUGACGACGGAGAUUGGUUUGUAUUUGACACUGUUGAAGCUGAUGAACAUCACUAA